UCUUUGGUGUUUUUAAAUCAUAAAUAUCUAAUAAUAAUAAUAAUAAUAAUAAUAAGAAAAUUUUGCAAAGAAACACCUUUUAAAACCACUUUUUUGUAAAAAAAAUCACCUUUUAAAAUUUUUUUUUGUAAAAAAACACCUUUUAAGACACUUUUUAUUAAAAAAAACACCUUAAAUGAAAUUCCGGUGAGUUUUGUCAAGUUUCAGGCGUUGACUACGCCAUUUGAGCUCUAAAUACGUGCGUGUGAUUGCAAACUCUUCUUAAUCCACGCUGCUUCCAUUUCAACUUCAAUAAAUACUCCAUUUACACCCUCAACUCCCAUUUCAAAUCACUCAUAACUUUCAUCACCUCUUCUCUUUCUCUCUCUGUGCUUCUGAAGUUCAAUUUUAGGGUUUUCAUCUGAAAUUGUGAAGUAUAUCUUCUUCUAAUGGUUCUUCUCGUGCCAUUGGGAACUCACAAUCUACUAGAUGCUACUGUGGGAUGCAAAUUGCUAUGAUGAGGUCUUGGACCCUCAAAAAUCCUGGUCGUAAGUUCAUGGCUUGUAAAUUAUAUGACAUUGAAAGUGGAAGAAGGGGUUGCUCGUUCUUCAGGUGGAUUGAUGCUGAUCAAGUAGAAUGGCAAAGGGUUACUAUUAAUGAGUUAAUGGAGGCGAAGAAGGAACUGAGGAAUGAAGUGAAUGUGCUGAGGAGUCGGUUGAGUAGGUCGGAGUAUGAGAAAUCAUGUCUUGUUGCUGAGUUCGGAUCAAAGGUUGCGAAGGCUGCUGCAAAGGUUGUUGGUGAUGGACUUGACGGUGGGCAUGUUGGGAGGUUGAAGGUGGCCAAAAAGUGCAGCAAAGCUCAAUUUUUGGCUUUUUUGAUUGUUUUAUUUUUAGGAACUCUAUUUAAAAUUAUGGAGUAGUUUGGUUGGCUCAAUUUUUGGCUUUUUUGGUUGUUUUAUUUUAAGGAACUCUAUUUAAGAUUAGGAAAUUAUGGACUAAUUUGGUUGGUUGUUUUUGUGUUUGCCUCCAUUUCAUAAUGUACAGUUGAAUUAUUGAAUCAAAUUUCAUAAUGCUUAUCAUCCAUAACAUGAAACUACAUAAGGUUCAUUAGCUACAUCCUCAAGUGAUACAAAGCGUUCACAAAAUAACCUCAGAGAUACUAAAGUCAUUGACAAACUAACAAACUAACAUUAAAGCUAUUACAUUCAUGUGUGAGAUGUUUGAGAUGCUUCGAGUGGUUGUGAAGAGUUGGUGUUGACCUCUUCCUGACAUUGGCUCAUACCUCCCCUUUUCUUUUGUAUUGCUUGUUUUGGAACACCAUCAG